AUGUCAUUCACGCAUUCCACCUACACCCCGUCUUCGAUGAUCGACAGUCGCAGUUCUUUCCGUUGCGAAAAGCUGACCAGUCGACAGCGUUCGGGGCUGAGUAUGAAUUCGACGGCGAUAUUCGAAGAGGGAACGGGGCGCGAAAGCCUAUCGGUUGCCAGUUCUCCCGGCAGAUACGCACUGAACAGAGCCGAAGAAUGCGGAUUGUUCGUUUGUACAGAGUAUUCGAAUUGGGCGGGUGCAUAUUUUGUGGUGAUUCGUCGUCCUGUGCUGUUGUGCGACCUUCGGUCGGCUAUAUGUUGA